AUGGUGGCGGCGAAUUUGAAAGCAGAGACGAUGAAACUUAUGGAGAAGCGUAGCGGAAUAGAGGCGAAGAUCAAUGUCAUUAUCGAGAACCUCUACCGGCCCGGCGACCCUGGCCUCGCCGGCAACCUUCUCGAUCAUGAGGGUUUUCCGAGGUCGGACAUUGACAUCCCUCCUGUGAGAGCAGAGCGACAUAGGCUUCCCGAACUCCAUAAUGAUCACAAGGAUAUUACAGAUAAAAUAGAACAAAACAUUCAGCUUUUGCAUUCUGCAAAACUUGCUCCAGCAACUGCAUUCAUUCAGGAUUCAGAUCAUAAAAAUCAAGAUGCAAAUGUUGGCAUGUUGGGGAGAAAUCCGAGUCUUGUAAAUAGCGUCUUCUGCCACUUGAAAUACUAA